CAGUCCAAUGAUGGAAAAAUUUACCAAGAUCUUCUCACUUGCUCAUUAUGAUUAGUACCAGGGCCUUUGUUAGUUACGCUACGUGGGGACGCAAGCAACUUGUGUUUGACAAAUCUUGCAAGAGUUUUUCUUGUUCUAAUUGUGACAACAGACGUUCAAGGCUGCUUCAUAGCAACUCUUUGUCGCACAGACGACAAGCCAGUCUUCAUUUAUGUGCUACACAGCAACCUUCAAAGUUACUGGAACGAGUAAAGUUCGACAGUAACGGUUUAGUGCCUGUUGUAGCUCAACAGUAUGAUACACAAGAAGUUCUGAUGCUAGCUUGGAUGGACCGACAAGCACUUCUUGUUACUCUGAAGGAAGGAAGAGCCUGCUACUAUUCACGUUCUAGGAAGUCUUUAUGGAGGAAAGGGGAAACAUCAGGUCAGGUUCAGUGGUUAAAGGAUAUUUACAUCGAUUGUGAUGGAGAUUCUGUUCUAAUUAAAGUUGAUCAAAAAGGAGUAGCUUGUCAUACAGGAAGAAGAAGUUGUUUUUUUUUAUAAACUUAACGAAGAAGAUUGGGAUAUUGUGUUUCCUGUCGAAAAGGUUAGGAAGAGAUGGUUUUCUUGUAGCUGUCGCUCUACUAAAAAUUCUUGUUAGUCCCCUGAAGUGCUUUAUGGCAGUCAUUCUUCAGGUUGGCAAAAUGAGUAAACAUGCCAUGUCUCAU